AUGCCUACCUCAACCGUCUGGCGCCGGAACCACGAUCUGGCAGGGCACCGGGGUGCAAGCCCUGUCCGUCCAUCCGCCGAAGUCAUCGAGCGCCUUUCCCCUGAUCCCGCAAGCGAAACCCCUACCCUCGAAGGCUCAUCGCUCCCUCUGCGAUAUUCACCUCAACAUGGUUACUCAUCAAGAGGACUUGGACUGUCCGACAUUGGAUCGUCCGAGGAUAAUGACUCCGCGCUACAACCAGAUCACCUAUAUUACGACCAGGACGGUGCCGCUCAUAUUGCGGCAAGGAUAAAAGGUGGCACGAGCACAGUUUAUGGACGCUCCAGAGUUGGGUCACUGGACUGGGCGACUAGAAACUCCAACCCUACCUCCGGCUUCCUACAAGACAGUCGGCGCCUUCAUGGAAAGGGACAUACGCGUUCCGGCUCUACAAUCGAUGACCUUGCGACCGCCGCAAUUGCAACAAGCCCCGUUUUGGCUAGCGCAACCACUCUUUCUCUUUCCAAGGGAAGCAUCUACAAUAACAACCGCCAUUUGACUUCCUAUACUCGGCGCUACAGUCAUGAAGGUCCCUCAAAUGGUCCGCCUGCGAAACGCAUCAAGUCCGAACGAUUGCCGACCCUCGAGUGGUCGCCGCGUGCAGAAAGACCAAAAACAAGCGGUGGAUAUAGCAGUAUACCCGAUGUUGACCACGAAGAUGCACUUCUAUUGCUUGAAUUGAAGAAUGAGGUCAAUUUUAAAAAUCAUGCAAAUACCCCCAAGCUUGACACGAUGCCCGAGUAUCCACCAUCGACAUCCCCCAGCUCUCCCCAGUCCCCUUCGAAGCUACAGAACCCGCAGCAACAGGAACGUCCGGUCGUGCAUUUACGACAGAGCAUCAAGAGCCGGUCUAGAGAACGAUACCUGGCCGAAGAUCUGCCCAAUGCGAGGGAGGUCUCAACAGCCAGGGCUUCCGAGUCUAUCCACAAGGAAACCGCGUAUGAAGGAAACGCUCUGGAUGCUCGAGCACGAGGGCCCAGAGGACCUCAAACCGCUGUUGAUGCUCUGCCACCUGUAUCUGAAGAACCCCUGGAUUCUGCAGUUGCUGAAGCAGAGCCACUACCCAAGAAGCAGCGUCGCAUAAAGCCGGAGCAGCAAGCCGAGGUUUGCGCGGCAUGCCAGCGUCUACAAUUGGACUCCGUGAAUGACGAAGACACGUCUACGUUCUGGAUCAGUUGUGACGCUUGCAAGCGUUGGUUCCAUGCCGAAUGCGCCGGUUUCAAGACAAAGGCAGAUGCAAGAAGUGUGGACAAGUAUGUUUGUAAAGACUGUGAACCUAUACAUGGCCAGACUACCUACGUCCGGAAGUCAUCCCGUCCCAGGACUGCCAUUGACUAUGCUGGCCUCAAUCAGGGUGUGGUGAAGUCGUCUGUCGAAACCUCGACCCACCACUACAUCCAACCGAUCAAAGAGGGCAAGAUCAACGUUCUACCCGAUGACUUCGCCCGAAUCAGGCCAGAAUUGCUUACAAUGGAGUUCAUGGAAAGCUUUGAGGGACCCAAACGCCCCUUUGUGGUUCCAGCUGAAUGGAAUCCUCGGUUUGGUGUGAGGCCCGUAUCCGUCCAACGCGAUCCAGCACUUCCUACCAAAGAUGCUGCGGCUUUCACCCUCAUCGACAGUCACGGUGCGGAAGUGGGUCCCGACAAAACGUCCGCACUGGACCUCCAGGAAGAAGAGGUCAUUGAUUGCGACCAGGAUUUGCUGGAUAUGGUGAUCCCACGCGAUUUAACAGUCCGAAAAGUGGCCGAGCUCUAUGGUCCUGAAGAGCCCGUGCCCGUGAUCGAUGUAAAGUCUCAGGAGACAAAGGGAUACUUUACACUCCAACAGUGGGCAGACUACUACGAAUUGGAAGGGGAAAAGCCUAUCCGCAAUGUUAUCAGUCUUGAAGUCUCACACAGUCCACUUGGGAGACUUAUCCGGCGUCCCAAAGUAGUUCGAGAUCUUGAUCUGGACGACCAAGUUUGGGAGGCUGACGCUGAUACCCGGUUGAAGAAAAGGCCAGUAUCGUUUUAUUGCCUAAUGUCUGUUGCUGACAGCUACACGGACUUCCAUAUCGAUUUCGGAGGCUCUUCCGUGUACUACCAUAUCCUGCGAGGGACGAAGACGUUCUUCUUCAUCCCUCCCGAAGACAGAUACCUGAAAAAAUACGAAGAAUGGUGCAACUCAGGCUCGCAAAAUGAGACUUGGCUGGGAGACCUUUGCGGUGGCAACUGUACAAGAGUUGACCUCCACGAGGGAGACACAGCGUUUAUCCCUGCGGGCUGGAUCCAUUCUGUUUGGACUCCGGAAGACAGCUUGGUAAUUGGUGGCAACUAUUUGACCCGUCUGGAUUACGAGAUGCAGCUCAAAGUUGUGAGCAUCGAGAAGGCGACUAAAGUGGCUCCCAAAUUCCGCUACCCUUAUUUCCAGAAGGUCAUGUGGUAUGCAUUGAUCAAAUAUCUUGACGAUGAUCCGGUACCGGAAGAGGUGUUGGAUGACUUCCACGGCGACCCCGACUAUGUCUUCCUCCGAGCGAAUCCAAUCUGGCAUGAAAUCGGAGAGUUUGAGAAUACAGCAGAGCCUGGUGAUCCGGCUUACAAUUCAAGAUACUACCCGAAGUCUGAGGCGAAUGGUUGGCCGGCAUUGAGAGACUUCCUUUAUCGGACAGCCCGGAUAGAUGCAGGUUUGCCAGUGCCAGAUAUCACCAAAAAACAGAUCGACGCGGUCAAGGCAUCCAUACCUAAGGGGUAUGGGGAUCCGCUCAUGAUGAUCAAAAUAUUCGCAAUUUGGUGUGCAUGGAAGAUUGGCAACACCACCGUACCAGACUGGGUUCACUCGGAUAGCAUAGCAGAGCUGGAGAGAGGAGAGAAAUCCAAAAAGGCCGAGCCAUUCCGGGUGCCUGGGGAACGAAUUUCGUCUCGGAGAGUUGCGCAGGCUCAAGCUCAGGCUCAGGCUCUGGCGGAGGCGGCACAAGCCCAACCUCGACCACUUGCUCAGACGCCUCCGGCCAAAAAUGGAUCUAGAGGAAACGGAUUGAGAGUCGCCUCGGGGGCGGCAGCGUUCACAAAUGGUGCCAUGGGAGACGCUGUCUCUCCGGAAGCACGCAUAUCAGACGGUGUUGGUUCGGAAGUUACGCAGCCUGAUCCUCAGUCAUCGUCGAAGAAAAGCCGGAGCAAAGCCUGUGAGGACUGCAGGAAGAGCAAGCGUCGUUGUGUACACGAUCAGUAUGGCCGCAUCGAUCCAGCGAAAGUUGCAGAGCCCUCCAAGCCUCGUGGAUCCGCGAGUGCGAAACGUGCCACCACUGCCAGCGAGGAAUCGAAACAAAUAGAGCCAGAAAUUGACAAUUUUGAGGAUUUAAUUGACCCCGCCCUCACCAAUGGCGACGCCUCGGACUUGGCCAACGAUGUUGAUGAAGAAACUUUUCAUACCCCCGGACUGGUGAACAACAGGAGCCCUGCUGGCGAUGGCGAACAUGUUGGGGAGGACGUCUCUGCCGCGAACGAGGACGACUCGAAAUUAAUUCCGAUCGACCCCGCCUUAGGGACUACAGAGGAAGAAGCGGUACCCAUUAAAAGUGAGCAUGAUCAAGUUGCAGGAUCAGUGGAGCCAAGCGCCUUGCAACAAAACAACACUCUUUCCACUCCGAAUGCAGGGCAAAACGGCACAGCCGCGAGCGGCGAGCUUUCUGGUCCUUAUACUUGGACGCCUGGAUCAAGACAGUCGUCUCGGCAACCCAAACAAGUAGAAAGAUACACUCCCGAAGACAAGAAAUCUCCCAGCAAGCCGUAUCCCAAGCCUCAAAGGAACGAUCGACGAGCAUCAAGCGCUGCGAGCGCGCAUACGGUGGUGACGAGUAUCAAGACCGAACGCUCAUCGAGCAACACUUCGGGGACCACGCACCAAAUGGCAGGCAUCAUGACCAGCAAACGUAGUCCAUCCCUGGAUGCCUCUGCUCGACCUGAUGCCUUUGAACUCUUCCAUCUGGUCCAAGAAGCAGAUGCGACACGCUCGUCAAUGCGACCGCCGCGAUCUCAUGCUCUGGAAGCCCUGGGCCACGCCCUGUCGGGCUCCUUUGGCGCCUCAAUCUCAAAUGCGGCGCUCUAUCCAAUUGACCUCAUAAUAACACGCCUCCAGAUCCAGCGCCAACUCCGCAAAGACCAGUCACGUCCUGGCGAGGAAGAGUAUAAAGGAUUCUUUGAUGGCCUACAGAAGAUCUACCACAACGAGGGUGGAGUCGCAGGAUUAUAUACGGGGCUGCUACAAGACACGGGCAAGACGAUUGCGGAUUCUUUUCUGUUCUUUUUGAUAUAUUCCUUUUUAAGGGAUCGCCGGAUCGCCAAGCAUACGAGGUUGAAUGGCGGCAAGAAAGUCAGUCUGCCUGCGCUGGAAGAGUUGGGUGUUGGAUUCGUCGCUGGGAGUUUAACGAAGUUGGCAACAGCCCCGAUUGCCAACAUAGUCACUAGGAAACAGGCCGCCGCUCUGCUGAGAGCUUCGGAGGAAGGACAGCAAGAGUCAACUGGGACGACGCCGACGACGACUCCCACCACCCGACAAAUUGCCCGGGACAUCCUGUCGGAGAAAGGCCCUUUGGGAUUUUGGUCCGGUUAUUCGGCGAGUCUGGUUCUCACGCUCAAUCCGACAAUAACUUUCUUUCUAUUUGAAACGCUCAAAAAGCUUCUCCUCCGCAGAGAAUCCAGGCAACACCCACCACCCAGCCUCACGUUCCUCUUAUCUGCGAUCAGCAAAGCUUGUGCGUCUUCAAUCACAUACCCAUUCAGCCUUGCAAAGUCACGCCUCCAGGCUGGUGGCGCCUCCUCGCAUAAGGAGGAUCAGGACGAAAACGAAGUUAUCAGCGAAGACUUCAAACAUGAAAGAACCAGGAAAGCCGCACGAGCUACAAUUUUCAGUACUGUCCUCACAAUCGCGCAGACUGAAGGUGUCGCCGCCCUGUACGAGGGGUUACACGUCGAAGUAUUGAGGGCAUUCUUCUCCCACGGAAUCACCAUGCUGGUGAAGCAAAUCAUUCAACGCUUCCUCGUCAGAGCUUAUUACCUCGUGUCGGUCAUUCUUGGACGCUACAAGAAGCGCCGUGACGCAAGCGCGAAACGCCUGGCAGAGAAAGCAAAAGCCAGUGUCGAAUACUACAAUCUGGCAAUGGCCCGGGCGUCCGAAAAGAUCGAGGAGGCGGCCGAGAAAGUCAAGGAAAGUGUUGGGAAGAAAGCGAAUGAGACAGCAGAAUUCGUGGGAGAGUAUGUGGAGGAAGAUGACGAGUUGGGAGAGAAGUGGAAGGAGCUGUAUGGAACGGUGGGGUUGUCCAGGUGGUUCGACAAGGUGAGUGAUGAGAGAUGA